GGCCUAAUGAGCAGCGAUCCUAUUGAAGGCUUUCAGUGGUCGGACAGUUCAGCUCUAAUUUAUGAAAACUGGGCUUAUGGAGAACCUAACAACUUCCAGGGCGUGGAACUGUGCGGAGAGCUGAGCACUGAUUACAGACUGUCCUGGAACGACAGGCACUGCGAACAUCCAGCAGACUGGAUCUGUGAGCUAAAAAAAGGUGCAGUACUGAAACCAGAACCUACAAGCGCACCAAUUCCAGAUUAUGAAUUGAGCAGUGAUGGCUGGCUGGUCCGAGGUGACCGGCAGUAUCAUGUGAGUAAAGAUGAGAUGACCAUGGACAAGGGACGGGAGUUUUGCAAGAAAAAUUUUGGUGACCUGGUUACGAUCAAUGGAGAAGAAGAAAGGAAAUAUUUAUGGAAAUAUAUUGUAAAGAAUGGGAAGGCUGAUGGAUACUUCAUUGGUUUACGUUUACACCUGGAUAAACAAUUUAAAUGGAUGGAUGGAUCUCCUGUGGAUUAUGUGGCAUGGUCGAGUUAUGAACCCAACUUUGCUAACAAUGAUGAGAACUGCGUAGUGAUCUAUAGAAACCUAGGCUAUUGGAAUGACAUGAACUGCGGCCAUCCAUACCCAUUCAUUUGUGAAAGGAAAACCAGUAACAUUAAUACAACCUUUGCUCCAACAGUCCCACCACCCCAGGGAGGGUGCCUGCCAGAAUGGCUGGCAUUUGGAAAAAAGUGUUUUAGAAUAUUUGGCGAGGAAGAGGAUGAAGUGGUGGAAUGGCACACCGCAAGGUCAGCGUGUCAGCAGGUGGGAGGAAAUUUGGCCAGCAUAUCUGAUGACAUUGUACAAGCCUUCUUGACUUACAACUUGAAAAAU